AUGGCUGCUGAACGGAAAACCAGGAUCCCGAUCAUUUUCGGUGCGAUGACCUUUGGAAGAGAAGGCGUUGAACAAGCGCGUAUUCAUGACCUCAAUGAUGCUAGUGCUAUGCUGGACACAUUCCAACGCCAUGGUGGCAAAGUGGUCGACACAGCCCAUUGGCAAGCCCGAGGCCUUGUCGUCGACACAAAGCUUUACCCCAACAUUGUCGACGGAACUGGCAAGAUGACUCACUGCACCAGCGACCUUCGCACUUAUCUCGAAGAGUCUCUCAAAGCCUUAAAGACAGACAAAAUUGACCUCUGGUACCUUCAUGGACCAAAUCGGAAAACCCCCUACGAAGAGACAUUUAGAGCUUGCAACGAACUCCACAAGGAAGGAAAGUUCAGCCGCCUCGGCCUGAGCAACUACAUGGCUUGGGAGGUGGCUUACAUUAGCGACAUGUGUAUGCACAAUGGGUGGAUCCGUCCAACAGUAUACCAAGGGGUGUACAACGCCAUCCACCGAACCGUUGAAAUGGAAUUGUUCCCUUGUCUUCGGCACUACGGCAUCACAUUCUACGCAUUCAGUCCCCUCGCCGGCAGCCAGCUUACUGGUCGUUACAAACGCGAUACGCAGGAUGCAAAUAUUGAUUCAAUGUCUAGGUUUGAUCCAAAUACUUUCCAGGGACGGAAAUACAGGCGCCGCUUCUGGAAUGAGAAAAUCUUUGAUGCCCUUGACAUCAUUCGAGAAGCGACGGAGAAGCACCAGUUGACUGAGAUGGAAUGUGCAUUCAGAUGGCUUAUGCAUCAUUCUCAAUUAGAUCCCGAGCGAGGAGACUCAGUCAUUAUUGGGGCAAGUAGCUUACAGCAACUGGAGCAGAAUCUUACUCUUCUAGAAAAGGACCCCCUUCCUCAGGAUAUCGUCGAGGCUCUCGAGUCAGCAUGGGCUGUGACGAAGGGUGUUGUCAAUAAUUAUUGGCAUUGA